GGGCGGCGCGGCGGGAGCUGCGAGCCGCGACAAGAUGGCGGAGGAGGAGCCGAGGCGGAGGAUCCCUCUGGUGCCGGAGAACCUGCUGAAGAAGCGGAAGGCCUACCAGGCGCUGAAGGCCACGCAGGCCAAGCAGGCGCUCCUCAGCAAGCGGAAGCACCAGAAGGGGAAACAAAUCCAGUUUAAACGGCUUGAGACUUUUGUUCGAGAUUCAUGGCGCAAACACCGAGAUGAGGUCCGGCUGAGGCGCAUGAAGCAGAGACCUGCACAGGUGGCUGUGCCCCAGGAGCAUAAACUUGCCUUCGUUGUACGAAUUGCAGAGAUUAAGGGAGUGAGUCUGAAGGUGCGAAGGGUGAUCGAGUUGCUUCGCCUGAGAAAAAUAUUCAGUGGGACGUUUGUUAAACUGACUCCGUUAUCUCUAAAGAUGCUACGGAUUGUGGAACCUUAUGUGGCAUGGGGAUAUCCUAACCUGAAGUCUAUACGAGAGCUUAUUCUGAAACGAGGUCAAGCCAAGAUUAACAAGAAAAGGGUCCCUCUGACAGAUAAUACAUUGAUAGAGGAACAUUUAGGAGACUGUGGUAUUAUUUGCCUGGAAGAUCUUAUUCAUGAAAUCUACUCAACUGGGAAAUAUUUCCAAAAAGUCACAGACUUUCUCUGGCCAUUCCAUUUGUCAGUGGCUCGCCAUGCUGCACAUAAUAAAGUGGGUUUCCUCAAGGAAAUGGGCAAGCCUGGCUGCAGAGGUGAAGGAAUUAACCAGCUUAUACGUCAGCUGAACUGAUCAGGUGAGAAACACCUGUAGAGUAACUUCUAAAUCAUCUGGUUUCCAAAGACUGGCUCUGCUGGUAUUGGAGAUGAAGACUCCUUUGUUUUUGAUUCUUCAUUGUACAAAAUAGACCCUCAAGGCAGAGGAAACUUAAGUGUUUGUAGGAAAAUGAGAAUGACUGUCAAUGUGAAGAUUGCCAUCAGGCAUUGGCAAAUACUGUUGGACUUUGUAAAGGCCUAAGUUGGGAGAGGGUGCAUUAAGCUGACUGUUAAACUUAUUUUUUUUUGUCUCCUGUUCUGCAGGGUCUUUGUGAAAACUUUGAGAUUUAUGAGCUGUGCCUUGUCAGGUGUAUUUUUCAUAGCACAGAGCCAGAUGUCCAUGAAAUAUUACACUCUUCUCCUGACUAUUACUGGUUUUAUUUUUUUUUAAAAAAGAAGUGUUUUAUACUGCUCUGUACUGAGGAAGAAGAAAAGGUGCAUUUGGUGUAAGAGGUGACUUGAACUUUCUGGAGCAAGUUGACUUCUGCAUCUCAGCAAAACUACUGUUCUGUACCAGCCACCUCCUGGCCUGAACUUUAACAAAAAGCAACCGGUUGUCGUUCCCUGUUUGAAACUUCUGUUACGGUUGAUCGGCAUUGUUAAUGCUUUGAUCCAGUUCUCCCUCAGAGAAGUACUUGAAACUGCACUUGCUGGUGAAGUGCACUUUUCAGGUAUAUGUAGGCAUUGCAGUCACCUGUUUAAGACAGUGUUUUGCUGACAGGUAGAGGAAGACACUAGAUUUAUUCCUCAGUUAUUGCAAUAACUGGUGGGGAAUAACGUAACAUUUUUGGAAGUACCAGAAUCAUACUUUAAAAAAGUAUAUGUGACUUACAAAAGGAUGUCUUUCAAAUUGUGCUGUGUGAAGGUUGCUGGAGAUCAAUUUUUCCCCUGGUAGGAAAGCCUAUUAAUUCUAUAAUACAGUGUAGAGUGUAUAUGCUCCCUCUUUUUUUUUUUAAAUAAACUUUUUAAAAAAGGAAGAGAAAAAUAACAAUGUUGCAACACUUCUGCUUUGUGUGGCUUACUUAUUACCCCAGGUAAUAAAUGCAACUGUUUGGGUUCUAGAACUAUGCUGUGUGCUGUCAUAAAUAGCUUAUAUUUUAAGUUAGUUCUUGAGCUUGGCUCUUUGCUGGUAUGAAAGUCAGUAGUAAGAAAUGUCUACUAGCUCUAUCACUAUGUAUUUGUUUUCCUGGUAUAUGAAAGUGCUCUUCACAGCUCUCCUUAUGAAAGGGUUUUCCUUUCACAACUGAUCAUGUAACUGUUGGGAAAGUCUUAGUACAGGCCUACAUCUUAACUAAGAUUUUUCAGACUGUUAUCAGAGCUAGUACAGUGGAAGAAGUUAAAUGAAUUCUGUGAAAAUGAAAAGCUGGAAUAAGAAUUCAAGAGUUCAGUUUUACCCAUCCUAUGAUGGAAAUAAUUAGGAAUUUAAAAAACAUGAAGUCUUGUAGUACCUUCAUAUACAGGUAACAUUGAUUCCAAUGAUUAUCUACACCAUCAAAGAGUGACUAGGGGAGACUUGUGUUAACAUUCAAGUGUUUAUACAAUAUUGUAUAGUCAUCUUUUCCUUUUUUUAUAUGUUUGUUUCCUUAUAUAGAAUACAUAGACCAUCUAAGUGAUGAAGCAGCAAACUUUGAAAUAAAGAACACUGUGCAAGUU